UCAGCUCUGUCAACAAGUUCCUGUCCUACGCACUCAUAGAUCCAACUCAUGAGGGCACAGCAGAGGGCAUGGAGAACAUGGCAGAUGCUGUCACUCAUGCCCGUUUUGUGGGCACAGAUCCUGCCAGUGAUGAAGUUGUUCCUGAUGAAAAUCCUCCAGGUCCUCCGAACUCUGUUGCUAACCCCAGUGGGCACCCACUUAACAAAUGAAUCUGUGUGUGAGAUUAUGCAGUCCUGCUUCCGGAUUUGCUUUGAAAUGAGACUUAGUGAGUUAUUGAGAAAAUCCGCAGAGCACACUCUCGUGGACAUGGUGCAGCUGCUCUUCACAAGGUUACCUCAGUUUAAAGAAGAACCCAAGAGCUAUGUGGAACCAACAUGA